CGAGACGCACGGCAGCGGUCUCCCCGCGUUUGCAAGCCGGGGACUUCUAAGUUCCCCGCCUUUUCCACUCGAUGUCGGGUUCCGCCGCGCCGAAGCGCCGAAGCGCCGACUUCCCGGAAAGCUGGGGUCGGGUGCUGAAGGCUUUUAUAUGCGAUAACUGCCACUGAGCGUGAUGUUGUGUUGCAGGGAAAGGAGGCAGUCGCGAUGCCUUUGGGUUCCUUAACAGGCAUGCAUGGUCCUUGGUUGAUCUUGACUUCCUGAACUACGCGCUGUGACGACAUUGAUACCUACCAACUAGGUGUUCUGCACAGUGUACGAACCACUUCAGAUGGAUGAACAGGUCAACGACGAUGAGGGGAUACACCUCGUCAUCAUCGGCGCCGGACUGGCGGGUUUGAGCGCGGCGCUGUCGACCAAGUUGGCAAACCCUGCACAUCGGGUGACGAUCUUGGAGGCCGUGAGGGAGUUGCAGGAAGUUGGGGCCGGCCUCCAAAUCACCCCGAACGGCACCCGCCUCCUCUCGGCCUGGGGCCUCACGCCCACGCUCGCGCCGCUCGCCGCCGUGCCGACCUCGCUCUCGGUGCGCCGCUACGACGGCACCAAGCUGCUGGCCCACGAGCCCGCGCUGCAGGACCAGAUGCACGCGCGCUACGGCCACCCCUUCUGGGACGUGCACCGCGUGGACCUGCAACAAGCCAUGGUCGCGCGGUGCAGGUCGCUCGGGGUCAGCAUCCGCCUCGGCGCGCGCGCCGUAGGCGUCGACUUCGAGGCCGCGCGCGUCCACCUGCUCAACGGCAGCGCCGUGCAGGCCGACGCGGUCUUGCUGGCGGACGGCCUGUGGAGCGCGAUCCGCCCGGCCUUUCUCGGCCGCCCCAGCCCCGCCAUCCUGACGGGCGAUCUCGCGUACCGGAUUACCCUGCGCGCGGACGAGUUGGACGGGGAGGAUGCCGAGGAGCUGCGGGCGUUUGUCAGGAAUGCGACGGUCAAUUUCUGGAUCGGGCCCCGGGCGCAUUGCGUCGGAUAUUCCGUCCGCGGCGGGGAGGUGUAUAAUCUUGUGUUUCUUUGUCCGGAUGACUUACCUCGCGGGGUGGUCAAGCUGGAGGGGGAUAUGGACGAGAUGAGGGAGAGGUUUAGGGAUUGGGAUCCGUUGUUGGGGAGAUUCCUGAGGCAAGUUAAGGGGUUGGUGCAUAAAUGGAGGUUGAUGUGGCUUGAUGCGCUGCCUGAGUGGGCGAACGAGGAGGGCAGGUUCUUCAUGGCGGGCGAUUGCUGCCACCCGAUGCUGCCCUACUUGGCUCAGGGGGCGAACUCGAGUCUGGAGGAUGGUGCUGUGCUGGGGUCGUUGCUGGGAAGAGUGAGGAAGAGCGAGAUGGAGAGGCAGCUGCCCUGUGUGUCGAAGCUGUACCAGAAGUUGAGGAUGGAGAGGGGAAGGAGGAUCCAGUUAGAGACGUUCAAGCAGAGGGACGAUUCGCACAUGGAGGAUGGCGAGGCGCAGGAGAAGAGGGACGCGCUGAUGGUGAGCAUGCUGGGCAAGGAGCUCAAAGCGCCGUUCCCGAGUCGGUGGACAUGUCCCGAAAUUCAGCCCUUCUUGUACGGAUAUGAUGCGUAUGCCGAGGCGAAGAAGGCGUACGAGGAGAACCCGUUUUGA